AUGGCUGCAAUGUUUUGGCUCCUGGUUUCCGUUUGUUUCUUUUUUCAAUUCCAGGUCGAAGCCUCCAAGGUUUGUAAAAAGCUGGGAUACCCAAAUUCCCGAGUUAACAUCCUUCGUAUUGUAUUGCAGCCCGCAAAACUUCACAUUGUCUACUUGGGGCAUUCGGACCCGGAGUUGCAUCCGGACGCGAUCGCGGAGUCGCACUCGUCGCUUCUCGCGGAAACAAUUGGAAGUGAGGACGCGAGCGAGGCGCUCAUUUAUUCCUACAAGCACGCUUUCAGUGGAUUCGCGGCCAAGCUCACGGACGAGCAGGUCGAUCGCAUUUCUGGUCUCCCGGGCGUGAUUUCCGUCUUCCCCAGUGGCAUUUCAAAGCUCCACACGACUGCGUCGUGGGAUUUCCUAGGCUUGUCGGUGGAUCGCCGCGGGAGGAAGCAUUCCUUGUCCAGGGUGGGCGGAUCGCUGUGGAAGAACACGGAUUAUGGCAAGGAUGUUAUCAUCGGCUCGCUUGACACUGGAGUGUGGCCGGAGUCCGAGAGCUUCUCCGAUGAAGGAAUGGGUCCGGUUCCCAGCCGGUGGCGAGGAAUCUGUCAAGCCGGCCAAGCUUUCAACUCCUCGCUAUGUAACAGGAAAAUCAUUGGCGCUCGAUACUAUUACAAAGGCAUGAGGGCCGAAAACAUCUCCGCGGCCGGAGACUUCUUCUCGGCCAGGGACAAGGAAGGACACGGCUCGCACACCGCCUCCACGGCCGCUGGACGAUUUGUGCCAAACGUUAGUCUGCAUGGCUAUGGUAAUGGGACCGCCAAGGGAGGGGCGCCGUUCGCGAGGCUGGCAAUCUACAAAGUUUGCUGGCCUCUAGGCUGCAGCGAGGUCGACAUCCUUGCCGCCAUGGAUCAGGCCAUCGAAGAUGGAGUGGACUUGAUGACGCUUUCUCUAGGGGGAGAUCCAGGGGAAUUUUUCUCCGACGCGACAGCAGUUGGCGCCUUCCACGCUGUCCAGCGAGGGAUCCCCGUGGUUGCCUCGGGCGGUAACGCCGGGCCGACGCUCGGGGUAGUUUCCAACGUUGCGCCGUGGAUCGUCACGGUGGCUGCUAGUACCCUGGACAGGAACUUCUCGUCGAGAGCUGUGCUUGGGAAUGGUGCAGUGUACAAGGGUGAGUCGAUCUCUUACAAAGAGCUUAAGCCGUGGCAGUACCCGCUCAUUGCAAGCAAGGAUGCCUUUGCACCAACUUCAAAUUCAUCGCGCAGCGAGUUGUGUGUGGUGGGUUCCUUGGAUCCCGAGAAGGUGAGAGGCAAGAUAGUGGCUUGUUUGCGCGGUGAAAACAGUCGCGUUGACAAGGGCCAUAAUGUCCUCUUGGCUGGUGGUGCUGGAAUGAUCCUUUGCAACGGACCGGCUGAAGGAAACGAAAUUCUGGCCGAUGACCAUUUCGUGCCUACGGUUCAUGUUACUUAUACUGAUGGAGCAGCAAUCUUCUCGUACAUCAACGCUUCCGAGCAUCCAACAGCUUAUAUCACCCCUCCAGUUACAAUGUCAGGUGUAAAGGCUCCUGUCAUGGCAGCGUUUUCAUCUCCAGGUCCAAACGUCGUUGUUCCGGACGUGCUCAAGCCCGAUAUCACUGCUCCGGGAGUAGACAUCAUAGCGGCGAUCAGCCCAGCCAGCGGAGACGGGAGCUAUGGAAGCAUGUCUGGAACAUCCAUGUCGUGUCCCCAUGUCGCGGGGAUGAUCGCUCUCCUCAAAGCUUAUCACCCAGAGUGGAGUCCCGCGGCCAUCAGAUCAGCACUGAGCACCACAGCAACCGUGGUGGACAACAAGAAAAAUCACAUUCUCACCAACGCUCUGGAGAGAGCCACGCCUUUCCACUUUGGAAGCGGUCACGUCGAUCCCAAUGCGGCAGCACACCCGGGCCUGAUCUAUGACGUAUCCGAGAGCGACUACAUCGCGUUCCUGUGCGACCUGUAUGAUUCGGUCGCCGUCGCGCUCAUCACCGGCAAGCGGGGGAUAGAUUGCAGCACAGUGGCGCAGCCGGCGAGCGCUCUCAAUCUCCCCAGCAUCACUCUCUCCAACUUGACAGGGGUGAAAACGGUGACCCGGUUCGUGACCAAUGUCGGGGAUUGCGUGUCGACGUAUUGGCCCAAGAUCGAAGCUCCGGAGGGCGUGUCCGUGAGUGUCGAGCCGUCCGAGCUCGCCUUUACUCAAGCGGGCCAAACUCUAGCUUUCAACGUUACUUUUAACGCAACGAUGCCACGCAAGGACUACGUGUUUGGAUCUCUCACCUGGAAGAGCUACAAGCACAAAGUUAGAAUACCACUCACUGUGAAGGCCGCAUUGGCGUGAUGGAAAAAACUUCGA